AACGUGUCAGGUGCAUGAUGUAGAAUUUGGGUGCCCGGCCAUCUGUUCCCGCACUGAGCGCUAUAAAAGUCAGUCGGCGAGGGCAGCCCAGCACAGUUCGCAAAGCAUCCGGGCAGCAGCAUGGCUUACAAGGUGAUCAUCUUCGCGGCGGUUGUGGCUGUGGCCCGCGCCAUCUACCUGGACGCUCCGUAUGCUACGUACGCUGCCCGCGCUUAUGCUGCCCCCGCCUACGCCGCCGCCCCUGCUGUAGUCGCCGCCGCCGCCCCCGCCGUCGUCGCCGCCCCCGCCGUCCGCGCUGCCCCUGUGGCCGUCGCCGCCCCCGCCGUGAGGGCCGCCGCAGUGCCGGUAGCCGCCGCCGCCCCCGCAGCCGUGGCCGCCGCCGAGUACGACCCGCACCCGCAGUACAGCUACGGCUACAGCGUGUCCGACGCCCUCACCGGCGACUCCAAGACCCAUCAGGAGAGCCGCGACGGAGACGUCGUCCAGGGCAGCUACAGCCUGGUCGAGCCUGACGGCUCCGUGCGCACCGUCGACUACACCGCAGACCCCGUCAACGGCUUCAACGCCGUCGUUCACAAGGAGGGCGGAGUCCACCCGCCGGUCGCCGCCCCCGCCACUGUGGCCGUGGCCGCCCCCGCCGUAGCCAGGGCUGCCAUCGCCGCCCCUGCUGUGGCCGCCGCCCCUGUGGUUAGGACAGCCAUCGCCGCCCCUGCUGUGGCCGCCGCCCCUGUGGUGAGGACCGCCGUCGCCGCCCCCGCCAUCGCAGCCGCCCCCAUUGCCAGGGCAGCCAUCGCAGCUCCAGUCUACGCCACCUACGCCGCCGCACCCUUCGCCAGGGCUGCUUACACUGCCCCUCUCUACCCGUACGGCAGAGCUUACCUCCGCCCAGCCGUCGAGGACACAGCAGCAGAGUUCGUCGAGCGUCUGGACAACGACAUGGCUUGCAAGGUGAUCAUCUUCGCGGCGGUGGUGGCUGUGGCCCGCGCCAUCUACCUGGACGCUCCCGCGGUGUACGCCCCGUACGCCGCCCGCGCUUACGCCGCCCCCGCUUACGCCGCCGCCCCCGCCGUCGUCGCCGCCCCCGCCGUCCGCGCUGCCCCUGUGGCCGUGGCCGCCCCCGCCGUGAGAGCCGCCGCAGUGCCGGUAGCUGCCGCCGCCCCCGCAGCCGUGGCCGCCGCCGAGUACGACCCGCACCCGCAGUACAGCUACGGCUACAGCGUGUCCGACGCGCUGACCGGCGACUCCAAGAGCCACCAGGAGAGCCGCGACGGAGACGUCGUCCAGGGCAGCUACAGCCUGGUCGAGCCCGACGGCUCCGUGCGCACCGUCGACUACACCGCAGACCCCGUCAACGGCUUCAACGCCGUCGUGCACAAGGAGGGCGGAGUCCACCCGCCAGUCGCCGCCCCCGCACCCGCUCCCGUCGCCGUGGUCGCCCCCACCGUAGCAAGGGCUGCCAUUGCCGCCCCCGCCGUGGCAACCGCCCCUGUGGUUAGGACCGCCGUCGCUGCCCCCGCCAUCGCAGCAGCCCCCAUCGCCAGGCCAGCCAUCGCAGCCCCCGCCUACGCCACCUACGCCGCCGCCCCCUUCGCCAGGGCUGCAUACGCUGCUCCUAUCUACCCCUAUGCUAGAACUUACCUCGGCCCGGCCGUCCCAGGUAGGCCGCCAGAGUUCGGUAACCGUCUCGGCAGCAACAUGGCUUACAAGGUGAUCAUCUUCGCGGCGGUAGUGGCUGUGGCUCGCGCCAUCUACCUGGACGCUCCCGCGGUGUACGCUCCGUACGCCGCCAGCGCCUAUGCUGCUCCCGCUUACGCCGGCCCGGCUGUCGUCGCCGCCCCCGCCGUCCGCGCUGCCCCUGUGGCCGUCGCCGCCCCCGCCGUGAGGGCCGCCGCAGUGCCGGUAGCUGCCGCCGCCCCCGCAGCCGUGGCCGCCGCCGAGUACGACCCGCACCCGCAGUACAGCUACGGCUACAGCGUGUCCGACGCCCUCACCGGCGAUUCCAAGACCCAUCAGGAGAGCCGCGACGGAGACGUCGUCCAGGGCAGCUACAGCCUGGUCGAGCCCGACGGCUCCGUGCGCACCGUCGACUACACCGCAGACCCCGUCAACGGCUUCAACGCCGUCGUGCACAAGGAGGGCGGAGUCCACCCGCCUGUUGCCGCCCCCGCUCCUGUGGCCGUGGCCGCCCCCGCCGUAGCCAGGGCUGCCAUCGCCGCCCCAGCUGUGGCCGCCGCCCCUGUGGUGAGGACCGCCGUCGCCGCCCCCGCCAUCGCAGCCGCCCCCUUCGCUAGGGCAGCGAUCGCUGCACCCGCCUACGCCACCUAUGCUGCCGCUCCCUACGCUGCCCCUGUCUACCCGUACGGUAGGACUGUCAUUGCGUGAAAUCUCAUCCGGCGGCUCCCACAUGGGCAACCCUGAACCCUACUUGUUGCUGGGUUCGCAAUCACAUUCAUUCUGUACCCAUAACAUGCAAAUAAAGAUGUCUUAUACUUA